AUGUUGUUGAUGUCACUGCUGAUGCUGGUUCUGACUGGUUGCUGUGCAACAGCACCUGUGGGAAGAGAAGUCUUCAGAAUGCCUCAAAGUGUUCUAAAAGCUCUUUCAAAUAGAGGGACAGUGGUGAUGGAGGCGGCACUUGUCCGUGCUCUUACUGCCAUGGAUCAGGUGAUAGCAGACAGGAGCAGAGCUGAGGCCAGCUGCAUGGGUUGCAUGCCUUGCUUGUUUCAGGACUGUGGACAGCACUCAGGAACAUGUGAGAAUGCAGAGUCUGUAUUAUUGGAGCCAAGCUGUGAGAUGAUUAGACAAACUCAAAGUUUGUCUGAAGGGGCUGAGAGAAGCUGGGCUCUAAGUCAGAUGUGUGGAUUUUACCAGCAUCGCUGCUCUCCCUCUGAGCUACACUCUGACUCCUGCAUAAGGAUCAUGGGAGAGAGCUGCAGCUCCAGGCUUUUACAAUGCACUCUCAUUUACACCAUGCAGAACUUAGAGCCAGCCCUAGAGACCAGGACACAGGCUUUGUGUGGGCAAAGGAUGUCAGGUGGAAAGACCCCCUCACAGCCCCGCUCACGGAUCAUAGGUGGUUCUCAGGCGCCCCCUGGCAGCUGGCCAUGGAUUGUCAACUUACAGCUAAAUGGAGCUCUGAUGUGUGGAGGAGUCCUGGUGGACAACUCCUGGGUCCUCACGGCUGCACAUUGCUUUGCUGGAAAUCAAAAUGAGCAAUAUUGGACAGCUGUUGUUGGAGAAUUUGACAUUACUAAGGCUGACCCUGAUGAGCAGGUCAUGAAGAUCAACCGCAUCAUCACACACCCAAAGUUCAACCCAAAGACAUUUAAUAAUGACAUUGCUCUGGUGGAGCUGAGCUCUCCAGUGGUUUUGACAGAAUGGGUGAUGCCUGUGUGUUUGCCCUCCGACCCUGAGCCUCCCCCUGGAGCGCCAUGUCUGGUGGCUGGAUGGGGCUCACUUUAUGAAGAUGGUCCAGCGGCUGAUAUGGUGAUGGAGGCAAUAGUUCCUCUGCUGUCUCAGAGCACAUGUAAAAGUGCCUUGGGCAAACAGUUGCUCACUAACACCAUGUUCUGUGCUGGCUACUUGUCUGGCGGUAUCGACUCAUGUCAGGGUGACUCUGGUGGGCCACUGGUCCUCCAGGACCUUACUUCAGGAAGGUUUCAAUUAUUUGGUAUAACAUCUUGGGGAGAUGGCUGUGGGGAAAAAGGAAAGCCGGGCGUAUACACUCGUGUUGUGGCUUACAAAGACUGGAUCCUGUCUGAAAUCCGUAAAUCUUUUGGAGGCAAGGAACCAACAUGUGCAGAGCUUCUGAAGACAUCAGAGCUGUCUGAGGGGCAGCGCAUGUCCGAGUUCAACGUACUCUGCCAUUUCUACAUGCUGAGCUGCCCUAUAACAUUGGACCCGUCUGCAUGCCAGCGCCUAGCCCAGGAGAGCUGUCAGAGCCGCUUCAAAAAGUGCCAACUGCAUUUAUUCCUGCAGUCCUUGUUGGAUCUGUUGCAGAGGGCAGAUGAUUAUGUUCGAGAUAAAAUUGACCUGAGCUUCUUCACUAAGAGUCUUCCACAGCUGGUGGAACAUGUCUACAGUUCUUCAGUCAACACCCGAACACGAAGACAAACCUUUAAUACAGUGUUUGCUCAAAGGAGGCACAGAAGGCAGCUGUCUAAUGAACAGACCAAUGAAGCAAUGUGUCCUGGGGUUGCAGAGUUGGCACAGCAGGUCUUUGUUACCAAGGAGAUGUACAAGUGGAUUCUAAACAUUCCACUAAGCAAUCUCAGUAUGAAUUUCCAAGAGGUGCUGGUCGACCUCACCACUAAAAAUGAGCAUGGUUUAUAUGAAGCCCGUGUUAAAGCAACAGUAGGCGGACAUCCUUUGACAUUCUACAGUCUUGUGGGAUUGGAGAAUGAUACAUUUUAUAGAAGCAUGCCACGCAUCAUUGCCCUAGCACUCAAUGCAUUUAAAACUUAA